GCUGCUCCAUCGGUGCCUGUGGCGUGUGUGUGUGUGUGUGUGUGUGUGUGUGUGUGUGUGUGUGUGUAUUGGGUUUCUCUCUCCCGUGUAAGAACACAGCCAGCCGGCCUUCCCCUGCUGUUGCUGCUGCUCUGACUUGCUUUUUGCUGCCACUUUCCUCUCCUCUCUCUUCUUGCUUACUCCUUGCCUUCUGAUACCACUUCCAGUAUGGAGACCAGUCACUCUGAGCAGCUCUCAGCAGAACAGCAAUCAACACUCCCAGGGGACAGCUCAUCAUCACCCAGUCAAAAUGGCCUGGAGAAGCAAAAUGGCCAGGAUUCCUCAACCUCACUCCAAGCACCAGAUAAAGAGGCAAGUCGGCACUCCGAUAUUUCUGAAGAGUUGAAUCGACAAUUGGAAGACAUCAUAAACACGUACGGGUCUGCUACCAGCACAGCAGGGAAAGAGGACCCUGUCAGGGCCAAGGAGCAGACUGAGAAUGCAGAAUCACCUGACAAUGAGGAUGGGGACUGUGAAGAAACAAUGGAACAGUCUGAGAGAGAACCCAUUGCUUCUGGAGAGCCAUCCACAGUCAAAGAGACUGUCAGCAAUAAAGAGCAAAAACCAGAAAAGAAAAUUCUAAAAGGAUUAGGCAAAGAAGCCAACCUGCUCAUGCAAAAUCUGAACAAGUUGCAAACACCUGAAGAAAAGCUUGACUUUUUAUUCAAGAAGUACGCCGAACUGCUGGAUGAACAUCGCACUGAGCAAAAGAAGUUAAAGCUCCUACAAAAGAAACAGGCACAAGUCCAAAAAGAAAAGGACCAGUUACAAAGUGAACACAGCAGAGCCAUCCUUGCUCGAAGCAAACUGGAGAGUCUGUGCCGGGAGCUGCAGAGACACAACAAGACGCUGAAGCCGUUGGUAAUGGAUUUGGAUAGGUUUAGAGAGGACAGCAUCAAUUUGUCUUUUGAUAAGAUUAGUAAAAUGGCGAAACACCCAGGGACCGAAGGUUAUGAGCAAAAGGAGGCAAAAGAGGGGGCCCAAGACAGGGAGAAG